AUGAGUUUUAGAGGAUCCAGAGGAAAAUCUUCGUCGACUUUUAGUAACCUUCCGUUUGGGUUAAGUUAUAGCGACGUUAGUGCGAAAGGAUCUACAGAGCUGCCUCUAAUCCCACUACCAUUGAACCAUCCAAGUAAUGAACUUGAAAGAGAAAUUGCUAUUCACUACAUAAACUUCAAAAAUGCGUUGAAAGAUGGGCCGUUCUUUACUGGUUCAAUGGAACUAAUCUCAGAAGAAGAUCAAGAAGAAGGUGAUACAGAGAACGCUAAGAACAAGAGAAAGAAUAAACCAAGCUUACAAGUAGAUGCAGACGGACUAAAUGAUGGGAUUGAAAGAUACUCUGAUAAGUAUUUGAAAAGAAGGAAAAUCGGUACUUCUAUCGAUGAGCAUCCUUUUAACAUCGAUUUCUUUCCAAAAGAACUCUACCAUGUCAUGGGUAUCAAUAAGAAGAAGUUGAUACAACUGUCGAAACUGGACAAGAGCAAGACGCUCUUUGGAUUGAAUGGGUCUAAGGAAGAAGAUGAAGCGGUAGGUCGUGCUCUUUUGGAAAAGAUGAGCGGUAUGGUCGAUGAUGAUGAGGAAAACGAAGAAGGAAAUGAGGAGAAGGAAGCCGAUAAAGAUGAUAUCGAUGAAGACGACGAAUUUGAAGAGGACGACGAUGAUGACUACAAUGCUGAAAAGUACUUCGAUGAUGGGGAUGAUGACCUGGGAGGUGAUGAUGAGUAUCCUGAUGAAGCAGAAUUCUAA